UAUACUAUGGGUUUUUGGUGACACUAGUUUACUCAAAGCACUAAACUUUGAACUCUGAGGAAGUUACUUGUGUUGUUGAGUAAGCGGCACUGAGGUGCCAUGUAGCGAAAUCUGAAUAGAGAGAUCAAUGCGUGCGUUGAUUUUAGUUUGUUUUACUCUUGGGAUGUUCGUGACUUAUUGAUUCGCAUUUGUGGUUAAGCUUUCGGUUGCGGUUCGCUCACCGUCAGAGGAAGACGUUAAAGGACAGAAAAAAGCUGAAGUGAGAAAUGGGAGCUGUUACUGGAGAAGAGUUGGUUAAAUGGGAGAAGAUGGGAGGAAUGGGAGGCCAUGAAGAGAAGAUUCUGGUGUUAGUGAGGUUGAGGCCUUUGAAUCAGAAAGAAGUUGAUGCGAAUGAAGUAGCAGAUUGGGAAUGCAUCAAUGACACUACCAUCUUAUACCGGAACACCCUUCGGGAAGGUUCCACGUUCCCAAGCGCCUAUACCUUUGACAGAGUAUUUCGGGGUGACUGUUCCACAAAGCAGGUAUAUGAAGAAGGGGUCAAAGCAAUUGCUCUUUCAGUUGUUGGUGGAAUCAAUUCAAGUAUUUUUGCGUAUGGGCAAACAAGUAGUGGAAAGACAUAUACGAUGAUUGGAAUAACUGAAUAUGCUGUAGCAGAUAUUUUUGACUAUAUAAGAAAGCAUGAAGAAAGAGCAUUUGUAUUGAAGUUCUCAGCAAUUGAAAUUUACAACGAAAAUAUUAGGGACCUCCUCAGCAGUGAGAACACACCACUAAGGCUGCGUGAUGAUCCUGAGAGAGGACCUAUUAUAGAGAAACUUAUAGAAGAGACUCUGCGGGACUGGACGCAUUUGAAAGAGCUUCUAUUAUUCUGUGAAGCACAGAGACAGGUAGGAGAGACAUACCUCAAUGACAAGAGUUCUCGAUCUCACCAAAUCAUCAGACUGACAAUUGAAAGUUCUGCCAGAGAAUUCAUGGGUAAAAGCAGCUCAACCACCCUAGCUGCUACUGUGAAUUUUGUUGAUUUGGCAGGGAGUGAGCGUGCAUCUCAGGCAUUAUCUGCUGGGUCCAGAUUGAAAGAAGGCUGUCAUAUAAAUCGGAGUUUACUCACUCUUGGAACAGUCAUUCGUAAACUUAGUAAGGGAAGACAAGGACACAUUAAUUACAGAGAUUCUAAGCUGACACGCAUAUUGCAGCCUUCCUUAGGUGGGAAUUCUAGAACAGCCAUCAUUUGCACUUUGAGCCCCGCACGUUGUCAUGUUGAGCAAACUAGAAACACCCUUCUUUUUGCUUGUUGUGCAAAACAAGUGACCACUAAAGCACAGGUUAAUGUAGUGAUGUCUGAUAAAGUAUUGGUCAAGCAGCUGCAAAAAGAGGUAGCCAGAUUGGAGAGUGAGUUGAGAACUCCUUGUCCACCUUCAACAAAUUGUGAUUGUGCAGCAAUUAUGAGAAAGAAAAAUCUCCGAAUAGAAAAGAUGGAGAGGGAGAUUCAGGAGCUAAUUAAGCAACGUGAUCUUGCUCAAUCUCAGGUUGAGGAUUUGCUGCGCAUGGUUGGAAAUGAUCAAAACUCUAAAAAAGAAAGGGUCGACACCUGGGAAGAUGAAGAUUCAAUAUCAGAAUCAUCAAGCAUUUAUCCUUCUGAUUUACGGAUUGGAGAAUUCAACAAUCCUCACUACAUCAAUGAAAACGGUGAAAGUAGUCCUGAUAAACAUCCUGAUGAAUACUGCACUGAAAUUCAAAGUGUUGGAUUGGAGGAAUCGAGUAAAGAUGGCUUGGAAUAUCCUGACCCGGUGUUGGCAUUAACAUGGUAUGCAGAUGAAAAUGUAACAAGUCAGGAGAUUCUGACUCCUGUGGCUGAAGAUAGUGAAGAGAGACUGAACCAAGACAAUGCAACAGAUGGUGUUUUGGAGCAGAGUAAUGAUUCUCCUCUGUCUAUGUCAGGAACAGUGUCAAAUUGUAGGAAUCUUAAAUUAACAAGGAGCUGGAGUUGUAGAGAAUUCUAUACGACUGGUUCUCCUGGGAAUGUGGGAGAAAUUGUGAGGACUCCGGCCAGUAGUUUUGAAAAAUGCUUCCCUGGAAGACCAGAUGGAUUACCGAGAAAGUUCCUUCCAUUAACUUAUAGUGCUUCCACAAAAUUCUCAAUGAAUGGCUCUCCGCCUUCAAUUGGAACUCCUUCUACGGAUGAUUUAAGAACCAACAGCACAAGAACAUCCACUAAUGAAGAUAUUACUAGCCUCCAAACUUUUGUUGCAGGGAUGAAGGAAAUGGUCAAACUUGAGUAUGAGAAGCGUCUUGUUGACGAUGAUCAGGUUAAGGAGGCAGAGACAACAUAUUUCAGAUUUGAAAAGAACAUGAAGGAUGUCGGCGUGGAUUCAACGUUAGAGGCAGGUGGAGGUCCUGUGGAAUGGCCUCUACAAUUCAAGCAGCAGCAGACAGAAAUAUUGGAACUGUGGGAAGCCUGCAAUGUAUCGUUGUUCCACAGGACUUACUUUUUUCUUUUGUUCAGGGGUGAUCCGACAGACUCUAUUUACAUGGAGGUGGAGCGAAGAAGAUUAUGUUUUCUGAAAGGAACAUUUGGCGGCGGAAAUCAGUGGGUGAAGGAUGGUCCCACAGUUACACUGGCUUCAAGUGCAAAGGGUGUGGAGAGGGAGAGAGAGACGCUGGUGAAGCUUAUGAAGAGAAGGCUAUCAGAGGAAGAGAGACAGAAGGUUUUCGGGAAAUGGGGCAUUGCAUUGGAUUCAAAGCGCCGGAGGAAGCAACUGGCGAAUCGCGUAUGGAGCAACACCGAUAUGAAGCAUGUGAUGGAGAGUGCUGCGGUUGUUGCCAAGUUAGUGAGGUUCACUUGGCAGGGUGAUAAUGCCCUUAAGGAGAUGUUUGCGCUUAGCUUCUCACCUCAUCGAAUGUCAUGUUCCUCCAAGACUCUUUUCUAGGCCUUCUUCAACCAUUUAUUUAUCUACUGCUACAUUACAUUAUUGUAACUAUCAUUCACGCUCCUUUCGUCGUUGCAAUGCAAAUGGAACCACCUUAUACAA